UUGCAAUUUAGGGGUGUUUUGAAAUGCAUUGCAAGGUCACAAUAGAUGGUUGUUUCCAGUAAAGAACAGUGAAAUAUUGGAUACAUCUUUUUAAAGUGCAAAUACUUGCUUCUUUAUAAAAAGGUUUAUUUUAUGCUUUCCGGUGGUUUAUAGAGAAAUAUCAGUGAAAUAAAAGUGGUAUUUCACUGUUUCAAACAGUGAAACAUAACAGUGAAAAAUAUCGUUAUUUUUCACUGUUUCAGUUAGAUACUGGAACUACUUCCCCAAUAACCCCAUGGUGAGCCUCAAUUGCAAUUUUCAUUCAAGGGAGACUAGUCUACUUGAACCUGAAACACACAUUUACCUCCCUUAAACAUAAUUAUUUCGUCUGCUGCUUAACUCUUUAACAACAAUGGAUGAAUUGGAAAACAAUGAAAUAAAUCUUCUUUUCUCAAAUAUCUUUGACUUUGAUGACUUUUUUAAUGAAAUGAAUGAACAAGAUGAUGACAGCGCUUCAAAAUCACAAGAAAUAACAUCAGCAGCACCAACAGCAGGAGCAGCAACAUCAGCCCCACAUCCACUGGUAACAGCAUCAACACAGGAAGAAAAAGAACAAAACCCAACAUCAACACCAACAAGGAAUUUCAGAUCUGUAAGUGUGGAUAGCUUUCUGCUUGAAAACGAAAAUUUAAAUACAAAAAAGAAAACCGACAAUGACAUCAGACUUUUCAAAACUUUCCUAAAAAGUCACAAAAAUGAGGCAAGAAAUAUUGAAAAUAUACCUCCUCAUGAAUUGAACCCUCUGGUCUGCGAGUUUUUGUUGGGUGUGACUAAAAAAGAUGGAUCAGAGUAUGAACCCACAUCUUUGAGGGCAUUUUUAAGCUCAAUCGACAGGCAUUUAAGGCACAUGAACUACAAGCACUCUUUGAUAAAUGACCCUGAAUUUGCCAAAGUGAGGGAAGUAUUAAAAAGUAAACAAAAAGCUCUGAAAAAAGAAGGUUAUGGAAAUAAACCGCAUCAAGCCCAGGCAUUAACAAAUGAACAUAUUGAAGCUAUGUACGCAGCUAAAACUCUGGGAGAAUCAAGCCCAAGAGCUCUAUUACACUCACUGUGGCUUAUAUGUACAACCCAUUUUGGGAUGAGAACCGGCAAGGAAAUUCACACCCUAUGCUGGGGUGAUGUCAGCCUUGGAAUCGAUUUUGAAACUGGUGAAGAAUUCAUCACCUUCGACACUGAGCGUCAGACAAAAACCCGUACUGGUGAAAAUCCUAGGGAUAUAAGGAAAGUCAAGCCACGGGCAUAUGCAGUUCCCGAACAACCUGACAGAGAUCCGGUGCAUCUCUACAAGCUAUAUGCCGACAAACGCCCUGUUGACAUGAUGACAGAAGACAGCCCCUUCUUCUUAACUCCUGGCAACAAGACACAGCAAUGCUGGUUCAGGAAGUCUGCCAUGGGAAUAAACAAGCUAUACAGCAUAAUGACCGAGAUGAAAACAGAUGCUGGUAUUCAAGAGCCAAGAAUCACCCCAUACAGGUCAAAACCCCAUAUUAUAUACACUACUUUCAUAACAAGACUAAAAUAUAUAAUAAAAAUCACUUACCUCCCAUUUAUUAAGUAGGUGUUGUUUGUCCAAUUUACAUGCUACAACACUCAAAAUUUUAAUUCAUAAAAUCUCCUGUACUCGACUAGUACUAUUCCUCUACUUUCCGGUUCCAUUACAUCCAGUACUUGACAGACCACCAUGUAUUUAUUGAAGUGUUUCAAGAGCACACAAAACAAUUACAACUUAUAUCUUAUGUAAUAUGUCAUGUGUACCGUUGAAUAUCGAUUUUAUUUUUACCAUAGAAAUAAACUUUUUUCAGUGCAAGAAAGCACUUGAUUCAGAAGCUGAAUGACGAGAAUGUUCCUGCUCAUCAAAUAAUACAGAUUUCAGGGCACAGAAAUAUUAACAGCUUAAAUAAUUACAGCAGUUUGAACAAGGAACAGUCAAAAAAUAUUUCAAAAAUACUUUCUCAUUCAAACCAGUCAGUUGAAAAGCACAACCGCACAGCCACUGCCACUGCG